AUGCCCCCUCUUCCUGGAUUUUCUGACAAUUUUUUUCGCGAUCGCGAAGAUAUUGUACUAGCAACAAAUGCUCUCGUCCAGGCUCUUGAGCCCUACUUUUCACCGGGAAAUGCACGCGUUCAACUGCCAGUCCAGUCCGGUGCACAUUUUGAUGAAACCGCUGCCCAACUCGAAGGCUUUGCUAGACCUAUCUGGGCGAUAGCGGGAGCCUUCACUGGAUCGGCCAAUAGCACCAAUUCCGAAAUUUUGCGUUAUGCCGACCGUUUAGUGGAAGGCAUUGCAAAUGGAGUGAAUCCAGAGCACUCUGAGUACUGGGGCGCAAUCGAGGAUUGGGAUCAACGGAUGGUCGAGGCCGAGCCAAUCUCAUAUGCAUUAUUGAUAGCACCUAAAUUCUUCCAUGAGAAACUAUCGGAUCGGAGUCGUUCGCAUUUGAUUGAAUGGCUGUCUGGUCUCAAUGGCAAGAUAAUGCCUCUGAAUAACUGGCGUUGGUUUCGGGUUUUUUCGAAUCUGGCCUUGAAUCGGAUAUGUGGUGUGGCCGCCGAAAAGACCCAAGCACACAUCGAUGCAGACUUUGCCAUACUUGAUCAGUUCGAUCUUGGAAACGGAUGGUCAGCCGAUGGAAUCUGGAAAAAUGACUGUUUGCCGGACCAUGAAGCCUACGGUCGCCAGGCGGAUUAUUACUCUGGCAGCUUUGCCAUCCAAUUCAGUCAGCUGCUGUAUUGUAUUAUCGCGGCGGCUUCAGAUCCUGAUCGAGUGUCACGAUAUCGAGAUCAAGCCAGGAAAUUCGCUGGUCAAUUUUGGCGCUUCUUCGACGAAAAUGGAGCUGCCAUUCCAUUUGGUCGAUCAUUGACUUAUCGUUUUGCCAUGGGCGCAUUUUACGCUGCCUUUGCCCUUGCGAAAUGCUAUGACUCUUCAAAUCCCUAUACAUGUAUAGGGUUUAUCAAGGGGAUGCUCCUGCGCCACCUCAGGUGGUGGGCAAGCCACUCAACUAAUGUAUUCGCGGCGGAUGGGACUUUGACGAUUGGGUAUUUGUAUCCGAAUAUGUUCAUGUGCGAAGACUAUAAUUCACCUCAGUCUCCUUACUGGGCAAUGAAAAGUUUCGUGGUUCUUGGGUUGGAAGCAGAUGAUGAAUUCUGGGCAGCAUCUGAAAUUCCACAUCCCUUAUCCCUUGCAUCUUCGAAGCUGUCAUCAGUCUCUGGAAUCAAGUUCCUUCCAGCGCCCUCUCAAAUUCUGUGUGAUCAUCCUCAAGGGCAACAUCACUUCAUGCUCUCCAGUGGUCAAUUUUGUCGAUGGCCUUUAAAAGCUACCCAAUCCAAGUACAGCAAGUUUGCAUACUCGUCAGCCUUCGGUUUCAGUGUCCCGACUGGAGGCCUUUUGAGUCAGCUUGCGCCUGACAAUACUCUGUCAAUAAGUCGGGAUGACGGGGAAAGUUGGACAACUCGAUGGGAAACAAUUGGCAAUCCCCAAGCGAAGACAAUUAUCUCCAAUGGCAUGGAGAUGCAAUGUCUACAAAGUGUGUGGAAACCUUGGAAAUCCAGCAAAGUAGAGAUUGAGUCGACACUCAUUCCUCCAUGCAAUGAUUGGCCAGACUGGCAUGUCAGACUUCAUCGCAUUCGAAGCCCAGGAAAUGACUCAGACUAUUCGGAAACUCUAGACCUCGUUGAGGGGGGAUUUGCCAUACAAGCCAAGCACCCGCGAAGAAUGGGCGCGCUGAAUGAUGAUUGGAGGCAUACAUCUGAAUCUGAAGCAAACAUGAACGCAAGCGAGUGUUCACUUACUCUCAGCCAUGCGGGUGCCAGUGGUGUGAAGAAUAUUUUGCCCUUCGAGGGUUCUACCAAGGGCAUUGUGUUGAAGUCUGAUCCGAACACAAAUUUGAUUGAGCCAAGAGCAAUGAUACCGACUAUCCAGCAUAGAGUUGAGCUUUACACAGGAAAUGUGGCAAUGUUGGCAACGGCUGUGUUUGCUAUCUCCAAUGGGAAGAAGCAUUUUACCCGGACGGAGCUCUUUCAGAAGUGGUGUGAGCACCCUCGCUUGACACAGGAUAUGUUGAGACAACUAUAA